CAUCAAACGACCGUUUCUUCUAAUCUACUACUUCUUCUUCAAUCAUAAGAAAGACAAACCUGCGAUGAAAAGAAAAGGAAGAUAGAAAUUGACAACUUUUUCUGAGAGAAAACUCAAAGAAAAGGAGGUGACCCUCGUUCUCUAAUCGAUUGCUCAAUCAUUCACUGACCAGCUGAAUUGAAUCGGAAAAGCUGCAGAAUUGGGAGUCUUGUGGAAGUUAGUUAAGUAAUGGCGAAAGCAGGAGGAGGAAUCACGAACGCAGUGAACGUAGGAAUCGCUGUUCAAGCAGAUUGGGAGAAUCGUGAGUUCAUCUCCCACAUCUCCCUCAAUGUUCGUCGUCUCUUCGAGUUCCUCGUCCAAUUCGAGUCGACGACAAAGAGCAAAUUGGCGUCAUUGAAUGAGAAGUUGGAUCUUCUGGAACGUCGUUUGGAGAUGCUUGAGGUCCAAGUGAGUACCGCUACAGCUAAUCCUUCUCUGUUUGCUACCUGAAGCCAGAAGGCUGAACAUUUGGCCUAAUCAGAAGGAAGAACCAUCUUUUCGUUUUUGAAUGUGUACCGUUGAAUCAUUCUUUCUUUCUUCCAUAACUGUAGUGAAAUAUUAAUAUGGAUCCACACACAUGAACUGUGUAUCUUUGUCUAUCCUAGUGUUGAUGUAACUUGUAAGAUCGUUUGAAUGCUAAAUCGUUUCAUUAUGUCACGUGGAGUUUUGCUUCA